AACGUGAAGGGCAGGUCGCAACCGGAAAUGCCACAACAACCCCAGGAGAUAACUCAGCGCUCGUGGCAGCCUGGAUGCAACGGCUCCAAAUGCUCACCCUCAUAGUAAGCCAUUGUUCAGUGACUCUUGUUGCAUGUUUCUGGAAUGAACUGUCAGACAACAUUUCUCGCUUCGGUCGACGGAGAACUCUUCGUGCUUACCUCGACACCGUCGGAGGUGACGCUUGAUGCAAGCCUGGGAUCUCAGGAAUUAGUGUAUGCGUGUUUUACUGGUGCCCUCAUCUUCCAUGUCUGUGCUGCGAUCCUGGGAUAUGUGGCAUCUUUUGCUCUCAUUCGAUAUCAGAUUGUUGAUAUAGCUCCUGCUGAUGCAAAGAACGCCGAGCGUCUGCUUAGACCCAUCUAUCCUUUAGAUGUUGUAAACAACCUUUUUCAGAUGCCCUUGGGGCUCCAGGUUAAAUCUAGGACAUCUACUCCACCGCUGGAUCUCCUGACUCGGUGUUAUUUUACGACUUUGGCACUAGGUUGUCGGGAUAUUCGCAACAGCUUGUCUCGGUGUUAGUAUCGUGGCAUGUGUAUGGGCGGUACUGUAAACCACGUAGUUUGACAGCUGGUUGGUGUCGGCACCGACAGUCUUCUCGUAAUGCAAUAGACCUAGCGUAUAACCAGUUGGCGAUGAUGAAGUGAAUCUCG